AUGGCACUUAAUCCGCAAUUACCAUCGCCCAGUCAGGCUUCCAAGUUCUGGUUCCUGGCUGUAGGCACGGCUUUUGUACUAUUUGCUCUGUCUGCUUUCUAUACGGAUUCUAUCAGAUCUCCUUUAGACUACGCGACGUCUAAAGCCAGUGAUUUCUGCCGCAAAAACACUCCUGCGAAUAGUAACAUUGAACCACGCAACUGUCGAGACCCUUAUCGUCGACCAGGAUAUCUUAUUAUUCCUCCCAACAGGACAGACUACCGCGAAACCCAAUGGAUGCCCUUCACCGAAACAUUCCUCAACGCCGAAGCUCCCGAAACAGCCGCCUACCCACCUAAAGGCGAACUCAUCUUCAACGAUACAGCCGUCCCAAAGGAGUUCCUCAAAGGCCCUGAAAUUCCUCGAUCAUGGAUGAAGAUCGCCACUGAAGAAAACCGCCGUCGUAUCGAAGCGCUCAAGCAUAUCAAGAACCCUACCGUUGAUGACUUUGCUGCUAUGAAAGAUGAGGGCGGCCUUGGUUGGCUUUGGGGCCGCAGGCUCGUUGAGUUUGGUGACUCUGUUGAUAGACGAGAGGCCAAGUAUGUCUGUCACGAGUUUGGCAGUGAGAUGAUUUUCCCCAAGUUACAUCCCAUUGAGAAGUGGCCCAAGGGCGUUUGCAACAUUCCUGCUUUCAACCUUACAUUCUUUGCGUUUCAUAAUGCGGGAGGGUUUACCUAUAGACCUGACUGGUUCUGGUAUAAGGAGAUGCGCAUUAUCCCCUUCGAAGAGCGCUGGAAGAAGCUGUGGAAACCACAUGAGAACCCCAUCAACGGCCCCCGAGGUCGUCCGGAUCUCAUCUUCUUCCAAAACGGCCUUUGGGAUCAACGCGGCUUUCAAGUUGGCGGCCAAAAACACCAUCAGGAUGACAACUCGACGCUUGUCGCCAGACACAGAAAGAUGACAUGGGAUGAACUUCACUUCUUCUCGGCGCGUCUACGUCUCUUCCUUCAGCGUCUCGAAAAGGAAUUCCCAGAUACGCCUAUGAUGUGGCGUAGCUUAACCUUCCAUCAGAAAACAGGGUCAGGAGAUAUAAUGCUCAUAGAGAUGGAUCGUUAUGGAAGAGCGUUGGCUGAGCAGCACGGCCAUGAGAUCUUUGAGUGGGCGAGAAUUAUGACAUUACUGGGAGACCAGUAUGAGGAUGGCACGCAUCCAGGUGAGGGAGCUUUGAGUUGGUUAUGGGGGAAUAUGGUUUUGGAGUAUCUUGCCAGAGCUGCUGGGGCGGGUGGACAGGUUGGGGGAGAUUUGAGAUGGCCUUACUUUGAGGGGUGGGAUGCUUGUCAUGACGAGUUUGUGCGAUGGGGAGGACGAUAG